ACUGCGCAUCUAAAAACUUAGAGCCCUUAGACUUAUUUCUAUUUGACGUUUUCGGGAUUUUCGUAUUAAAGAAGGUGACAGUCAAUGACUUUUAUUUUUGGGAGCAACCUAGAAUAUUCGCAGCAAAGUGCUUAAUAAGAAUUUCGCUAUAGAAACUUAAAAACAUCGAAUAACGUGAUACUUACUUGGCCAGUCCGUCGGUGGUAGUCUUUUUGUUAUUUGUUAUUUACCUGUUUUACUUCGGAAAGCAAAUUCAAGAGGAAACCGAAGAGGUCCCUGAGAAGAACAGUAAAGAUCAUGGUCGGCAACAAGAAGCUGAAGAAGGAACUGGGAGAGAUGCCGGUGCAUCAUUUGGACAAGACAUUGGACAAGAUCGAGGAAUUGGAGAACGAUGAAAAGAAGAAGCGCAAGGAAAGCUGCCCAACUCCAAUCUGGUCACCAUUGUCCCCUGGCGAGAUUGUGCCCACCACUACUAUCACAUCCUCGGAUGAUGAGACUUCAGUAAAGAAGAAGGCGGGGAAUGAUUCGUCCUCCUCCAGCAGCGAUGACUUCACCUGGGACUUCGACGACGAAUCCAGCGACGACGAAAGCCUCAACCUGGAGCGAUCCUACAAGGAUCUGAUGAGCCAGGAUAACAAAAGUUUCGCCCAGUUGGUAUCAAUCAGCGAAAUAGCCUUCAAACUCAACGACCUGGACAAGAUUGAACUAUCGGUGACUGCGCUGCAAAAGCAAGCUACCGUGCCGGCCCACAUCUGGCUGAAAUAUCUCAAGGCCCGACUGGUGGUGACCCAAACGCCCGACGAGCGCAAGGCUUUCGAGAAGAAGUGCGCCAAAGCAUUAACGUACUUCUACAACAUACCGCUCUCCACUUUUAUUGUGAACUACCUGGUUGACCAAGGAAAUGUCGAGAACCAUGUGCUGUGGGCCAAACUGCUUGCGGAUUACGACGUAGAGCGCCCAGAUUUUGGCGACAAGUUACGCCCACUACUUUCUAGUAUCACUGACAAAAAAGAAGCCGCCACAUUCGAAGAACUCCUGCAGAAGCACUGCGUCAGCUGGAACUGCGGCGAAAAGAAGAGAAAGAUCAUACAAAAACUCGUUGACGAGUUUAAGAAAGAUCUAGACGAGAUGAAGACACAAAACUGUGACUGGAAUUGGUCAAAACUACACAAAAGAAAUGUGGAGGAUGUGCAGUCGUUGCCCUUCGACGAAGACAUUAAAAACGCGGUGAUCCGCUUCUUAUUUGAGCGCACCCUGGCCAAGUUUCCCAUUGCCGAUUUCCUGUGGCUAUGCUACAUCGACUUUAUCAUGGGCAAAGACGGUAACAAGAAAGAGGAGGCAGUGGCCAAGAGAGAAAGCCGCUUGGGCAAAGGGUUCUUGCGUAGCACUGCACUGGAUUUGGCCUGGCGGGGAGUGCGAAGUCGCCCCAGCGUGCGUCUGAAUCACAGAUUCAUUAAUCUAAUGGAACUGGCUGACUUCAAGCAGCCCGAUGUUGACCAUCAGCUCCGCAUAAUUCUGAAGCGCAUAGAGCCCGAUAUGAUCAUGACGGUGGAGCUGCACCUAGACUACUUAGCCUAUUGCGUGCGUAACACCAAUGUUAAGGAUAAUGCACAGGUUAUUGGGUUGCGCGCCGCUUUCAAUAGCGUCUGGGAAGAGCUUUCUAACCUUUAUGGCGAUAAAGCGGACACCAGUUACGAGGUGCUCCAGCUGUGGGCACAAGUGGAGUACGCGCAUCUGGGCAGUCCGGACAAUGCCAUGCAUAUUUGGCAUCAGAUUUUGGGUUAUCCGGGCAGCUCACAUCGCGGAUUGCUUUGGCUUAGUUUCGCCCAGAUGGAAAGCCAAUACAACGCAGGUCACUGCACCCCUGAUAUUCUGCGUAAAGCACUAUCCCAGCCCGUUUUGGAAGAUGGCAUCAAGGUGCAGGAGUUUUAUCGACGCCACGAACGCUGCUAUGGAACCUAUGAGUCUAAUGCGGCCUGUCAGGCCCUUGAAUUGCCCCCUGAAUACAUAAAGCAGCGUUUCCAUAUGAAGCCCAAUUCCCAGCAGGUGAAUUACCGCCAGCCGCAGCAUCGCCAAGCACAACCUCACCAGGCACAGCCUCGCCAGGUAAAGUUUGAUCAGGCAAAGCCUUACCAGGAAAAGCCUCACAAGGAAAAGUCCCAUAAGAAAAAAUCCCACAAGGAGAAGUCCCACAAGGAGAAGUCCCACAAGGAGAAGUCCCACAAGGACACACCUGACAAGAAAAAUCCUCACCAGGAAAAGCCUCUCCAGGGGAAGCCUCACAAGGAAAAGCCGCAACAGCCAAAGCCUUGCGAGGAAAAGCCGCAACAGCCAAAGCCUUGCGAGGAAAAGCCGCAACAGCCAAAGCCUUGCGCGGAAAAGCCGCAACAGCCAAAGCCUUGCGAGGAAAAGCAGCAACAGCCAAAGCCUUGCGAGGCAAAGCCUGGCCAACAACCGGAGGAGAAUCGUGAGCCAUUGAAUCGCGAGCAGCGACGUAAGCUGGCGCAUCAGCAGAAACAGCAGCAGCAGGGACAUAAAAUGUCUAUGCCCAAAUCCGUUUCUAAAACUACAUCCGAGGAUGGUCCACCUCCAGCAUCGGAGGCUAAACUUACUGCACGUCCGGCUGAAGAGACCUGGGGAUCUAACUUUAAAUAUUCGCCCCAUUUGGAGGCCAACAAGAUCUUUUUGAAAAACCUGCAUCCCGACUGUUCCGAAGAGGAGCUGCACGAGCUGUUUGGACCCUAUGGCACCAUCAAAGAUGUGCGCCUGGUUCGCAAGAAGCACAUGAAGUUGAAGUGCAUUGCUUACGUGGAGUACGAAAGGCCAAUAGAAGCUCAAAGAGCGGUGGCUGCACGCGAUGGUUACCUGUUGAAGGGCAUGAAUAUUGUUGCGGCCAUUUCAAACCCUCCGCCAAAAGAUUCCUCCUUGGAUCUUCCCAAGCUCAGUCUUGGGUCCAAAAGACGAGUUCCCACCUCGUUGAUACCCACGAUACUGCUGCCCCACGCGGUGGCCGAAAAGAAACGUCGUUUGAUGGUCUUCGAGUCCGCAAAGUUCGCAAAUUCAACGGACGAAACCAAUAAGUCAGAGGCUACUGAUCAGUCCGAACGGAAGGAACCCGCUGUGCCAAAAUCAAACAAAGAGUUCCGCAGGCUAUUUUUUAAGGAUUAUGACGCUAGACUUAAUGCCGGACAUCUCGCCACCGUAGCGAUGCAGCUCCUUGCGCACUGUGCGCACGGCUCCUUUGCGUCGGAUCAGAGCCUUUCGGUAUUUGCCGCGGUGCUUCACACGCGGAUUGCGCAACUCCUUCUUGCGGUGCGGCGUGAGACCCUUGUUCUUGGCCAUCUGGUAGGUGAUGCCGCGUCGGGCCAUCUCCUCCUCGUCCUGCUCUUCUUCUGGGUCUUCUGCUGGCUCUUCCUGACCCUUCGUUUCUUGCCUCUCCUCUUCACCAUCAUCACUGCUUACUUCGGCCUGCUCUCCAUUGUUAUACUUGUUGAGGAUCUGCAGCUUGGCCUUGCGCUGUGCCACAUCCAACACGUCCUGGAUGAGGCCCAUGAGUUCCGGCGAGUCCUUCUGCAACAGCUGCAGGCGUUCACGGGGCGUCAGACCCGUAAGAUCGGUGGUCACCCUAGUGAUUUCGCUCGACUCCUCCUCGUCGCUGCUUCCUGCCGCCACAUGGACAUCGUCCAGCUGGAAGUCCUGCUCGCUGAACCGCUUGGCCAAGCGCAACUGAAUCUUCUUGGCCUCCUCCUCCUCGGCGCGCGCCUGCUCCUCCUCCUGGGCGUUGUAGCUGCUGUAGUCCUGGUCCACAAAGUCCGUGUUGUAGUAGGUGCUCCUCUUGCUGCCCCAGUCCAUUGUGUUGGGCAGAUCGCGGUCAUCGUCCUCGGCUCCCUCGAUGUCGCUAUCGCGCAUCAAAUCCGCCACAUCAUCGUUGUCCUGAUCCUCAUCGUCGUCGUCAUCAUCGCUAAAGGCCAGGACUUCCUGGCGGGGAUCCUGCUGCUGGCGCUUCUUGCGCUGCUUGCGCAGAUCCUCCAGUAUCUCGCGCUCCUCCGCAUCGUACUCCUGCUCGGAACCGGUCAGCUCAUAAUCGUCACCCUCGCUGUCCAUUUUCUGGCCAGAAUUUAUCCAAAAAUGAUGGGGAAAGUGACCAAAAUGAAGCCGCUAAAAGAACGAAUUGAUCAAAUUGAGACGGAUGUUAUGCUCCAAAAAGAGUUUACUCAACGAUUCCGAUCCUCACGCGCCAAAACACAUUCUCUGAAUAUGGAUAGAAAUAUAAAGGUUUUGGUUGGAGAUCAAGGCCAAAAAGAGGUCAUAAAUCUGAUUACUUCUGAACCCAAAGAUGAUGAGGUUUGUUCUGGCAAAUCGAGAAGUCAAGAGGUUUCACCUUUGCAGGAGCCAUGUGACCAAGAAAAGCUCACUGUUCAAUUGGCCCCUAAUGAUCCUAUCCAUCCCAAUUCCCAUCUUAAUUGCAAGAAACAGCUAGGACUGGCGGCUUCAACUUUAAAGGAGGCUUGUGACCAGGACACACCCAUUAGCCAGCCGGACGCUGACGAUUUUCUUACCGAUCCCAAUUGCGUACCCAGCCAGGCAUCCUCAUCCUUAAGCCAAUCGAAAUCUCAGGAGAGUACCAAAAACAUUGAUCUCGGUCGUUUGCGACAACUCAAUCUGCCGGGCGGCAAUAAAAAAUCGUUUGUCAAGGAGUGGCUAAGUUCAACAGGACCAGAGGAAAGGCAUGCCAACCCACAAACCCAGCUGUGUUCCGGGGAUAUUCAGCUGCUUUCCAACAGCAAGGAAUGGCUUAACUCGGCGACAGGAUUGCCUAGCAGUCACUCUCUGAAAAAAUCUGUGCACCAGGAAGCCAUAGAGUUGCCUUGUAGUCAAACUUCCAAAGAAUUUUCGACCCUUGAUAGCGAUGAUGAGGAGUUAACCGGCAAGAAUCCCUUUGCCAAAAGCAGCACAGAUCCACAGACCUUGCAAGUGGAGGACUCGGAUGCAGAAGAGGCGGAGGAGCGGAUGAUGGGCUUUAUGCGACGUCUGCAUUUCCGUGCUGCAGUUCCAGAAAGCUGUUUGACGGAUGCUGUGUUUAUGGUGGACAGACCCAGAAAUGCCGUCUCCCUGGGCAAGAAGUUGCCCACUUUGCGUCUGCAGGACAACUGCCAGGAACAGGACCUCAUCAUGAUCUCCGUUUGCAAAGUUUAUAGUCCUUUUCAGUUUUGGUUCCAUUUUGUAAAUAGCUCGCACGACACCCAAUUGCUGGCCGAGUUGAACAGGAACAUCAACACCUUUUAUAACCAUGAAAUGCACGAAAGCUACAGGAUCCCUGUGACGAGGUAUUUUCAAAAAGCCGGAUAUAUUUGCGCUGCAAAUCACCAUACUGGAUGGCGUCGGGCCAGAAUACUCGUCACUCCUCCAAAAAAUGCCGAUUGGAUUUCCAUAUUCUAUGUGGAUUAUGCAUCGGCAGCUCAAGUGUCGCCGAGCGAUCUGAAAUUCUUGCCCGAUUGGUUUACGGAUGUGCCGCCAUUGGCAGCCCGGGGUGCUCUCUCUUAUGUCCAUCCACUAGGACCCCACUGGUCUCCGGAUAGUACGCUCCAGUUCCGGCGCUUGGUUCUCAAACGGGAGCUGCACGCCCAGGUGACCGAACUGGACGCGGAUGAGGGCAUACUCUUUCUGCGACUUUCACAAAAGAAAACAUUCGAUCAGUCAAUCAAUAAAAAGCUGGUCAUCGCAAAUCUGGCUGGGAAAAGUGAUCACUACAGUCGGGAGCUCAUCGAAUACAAUUGCGGAAGAAGACUACGUUACCUGAGAGAACGAUUGCCUAGCUUCGAAAUCCUGGAGUCCAGGUUAAUCCCCCUGAAGGAUGAAGAUUUCGAGGCGGAGUUCGAUGAGAUAAUUUAUUCUCCGUCCUUCUACAUGGAUUUUCAGCUACCCGAGCUACACAAUCCCUUUCGUUCUGGCCUCCUAAAAGCGCUGGCCGCUUGGAUGCCCGCCUACCGAAAGGAGCAGGAGCACUGGGCCCGGAUUUACAAACAGGCCAACCAAAAAGUGAGGGAGGCUCAGCAUCCAGCCGUUUUGGGAAGGCAGGAGGUAAAUCUGAAUGAACAGAUUGAAAAGGAGAUCGGUGACGCCAAGGAACAUGUAGAUCAAAUUGAGAAAAGAGAACCAGAAGAUCAAAAAAAGUAAAGAAAAGCAAAAUGAGCCGAAAUAUCAAAAGGAGGAAGUGGAGAAAAAUGAUCAAGUAAAACAAAAUGAGCUAGAAAACAAAACGAGGAAGUAGAAGGAAAGCAAAUGAAGUAAGACGAAGGCCAGUUAAUCGUAUUAUUGAUCACUUUAAUACUUAAUUGCCCUUAGUUGACUAAUCUUACGUAAACUUUUUCGCAUGUUAUAAGUGGAGGUAUCCUUAAAAUCGCAUAAUUUAAAAACGCCACUAUUAUCCUCUAUAGCAAUUUAACCCCCGAUAAAAUUGUACUUGACAAUAACUUGAAGUUGACGAAAUAAUUGAAAUAUUGUUCACUCCGGAAUACAGGUACACUUAAUACAAAUCCUGUUUACUAGACACAAAAAUAUAUUUUUUUCAUUAGAAAUCUGACUCACUGUAAAUUCCUUGAACAAAUACAACAUACUUUGUAUU